AUGGACGAUGCUGCCGUCAUUAAAAAGAGAGGCUACAUCAUGGGAGGAAAUUUAGGAGAAGGGUCUUACGCGAAGGUGAGAUCUGCGUUCUCUGAACACUUGAAAUUUGACGUAGCGGUAAAAAUCAUCGACCGGAAAAAAGCACCUCUUGACUUUCUGGAGAGGUUUCUUCCGAGGGAAAUUGAAAUCUUGGCCAAAGUGAACCACCGGUCGAUCAUCAAAACGUAUGAGAUCUUUGAGACGUCCGACGGCAAAGUUUACAUUGUGAUGGAGCUCGGAGUCCAAGGAGAUCUGCUGGAGUUCAUCAAGACCAAAGGAGCGAUGCCCGAAGACAUCGCCCGCAAGAUGUUCCGCCAGUUAUGUGCUGCCAUUAAGUAUUGCCAUGAUGCUGACAUCGUCCACCGGGACUUGAAAUGCGAAAACCUUCUUCUGGACAAAGAUUACCACAUCAAGCUCUCGGACUUUGGCUUCUCCAAACGCUUGUCUCGCGACGAUGACGGCAAAAUUAUCUACAGCAAAACCUUCUGCGGUUCCGCCGCUUAUGCAGCUCCAGAAGUGUUGCAAGGCAUCCCCUACGACCCCAAGAUUUACGAUAUGUGGAGUCUAGGGAUCAUCCUGUACAUCAUGGUCUGCGGUUCCAUGCCUUACGAUGACUCCAACAUUCGGAAAAUGCUGAAGAUGCAGAAGGAACACAGAGUGCAUUUCCCCAAGUCGAAGAACCUAACCAUGGAAUGCAAAGACCUUAUCUAUCGCAUGCUUCAACCUGACGUGGCCCGGAGGCUGCGCAUCGAAGAGGUUUUGAGCCAUGUAUGGAUGCAGCCACCGAAAGCCAGGGCAUUGUCGCUCAUUUCCAUCUCAAAAAACGGAGAGUGCUCCCGGACUGCGGGUGAGCAAAAGACAGAACCAAGGACAGAGGGGGAACUGAACCACAAAGCAGAGUCCAAAUCAGUAACGCCCACCCGCUUGGAAGCGGUGGAAGAAGUCGAGGAAAUGGCUGAAACGGGAAAACAGGAAGGCAUUGACGAGAUCAUAGCCCAGUUUGAAACCAACCUCCAACACCAACUGGACUGA